CUCCUCUCUAGAUUCUUAAGCAGUAACCAAAACAGAGAAUCAAAACAAUGGCUUUCUUCCCCGCCGCGACAUCUCUUCUCCUCCUCGUCCUCUCUGUUUCCUCUCCUUAUGUUCAUGGAAACAUUAUACCAGCCGACGAGUGCACCUCCCUUGUUGUUACCCUGUUACCAUGUGUAUCUUUUAUAACGAUCGGGAGUACGGUGGAUACACCCUCAAGUUCGUGCUGCUCCAGUCUGAAGAAUAUUCUAGAUACGAAACCGGAAUGUCUAUGCGAAGGGCUGAAGAACAGUGCCUCUUACGGAGUCAAACUUAACGUUACUAAGGCUACUACUCUUCCCGAUGCUUGUAAAGUUUAUGCUCCUCCGGUGGCAGCUUGUGGUGCAUUGUCUCCUGCUAGUCCUCCUGCUGCUAAUGCGCAAGGGAAAUGGAAUUUUUUUGGACUUCUUGCUUGAAUCAAGUUUUGGUAGGCGUUAUAACAAAAAUUUAGUCCUUUUUCGUCUUAUAAAGCUUGUGUGGAUGU